UACGGCGGAAUUGGAAGUGUGGUGUCCCAUAGGGACAAAUGUUCAAUACUACCGGAUUUCACAAGGCCGCUCUCAUGGCUUCCAAACCCAAACCCCAGUUACUCCACAAAAGUCUUUGUCACAAUUUCAAAUUGUGGGCAGUUGCAGAGACAGCAGUGCAGAGCUCAGUCAAAAGGGCGAGGACAUUAUCCACCCAAUCCUCCAUGAAAGACGCCUUCGCUAAAUAUGCUGAAUACCUCAAUAACCUUAAUGAUAAGCGAGAAAGAGUGGUGAAAGCAAGCCGUGAUAUUACAAUGAACAGCAAAAAGGUCAUUUUUCAAGUACACAGAAUCAGUAAACAGAACAAAGAGGAAGUUCUGGAAAAGGCAGAGAAGGACUUGGGGGAUGUAGCAACUCGGCAUGUAUCUCGACUUGUAAAAGAACUACAAGGAACUGAUUUCUGGAAGCUAAGGCGAGCAUACUCACCAGGGGUGCAAGAGUAUGUUGAAGCUGCAACGUUAUGUAAAUUCUGCAAAACAGGAACCCUUCUGAGCCUUGAUGAAAUAAAUGCUGGAUUGUUACCCUUCUCUGAUCCUUCACUUGAGCCUUUACAAAUUAGCAAUCUUGACUACCUCUUGGGGCUUGCAGAUUUGACGGGAGAAUUGAUGCGGUUGGCAAUUGGUCGAAUAUCAGACGGUGAACUUGAGUAUGCUGAGAAAAUAUGCCGAUUUGUUCGUGACAUUUACCGUGAGCUCACUCUUUUAGUCCCACAUAUGGAUGAUCCUUCAGAUAUGAAAAUGAAGAUGGAUACCAUGCUUCAAAGUUUGAUGAAGAUAGAAAAUGCUUGCUUCAGUGUUCAUGUUCGAGGAUCAGAAUACAUGCCACUACUUGGGUCAGACGAUCCAGGUUCAUUCUUAUCGGGGGUUCCUGAUAUCGAGCUUUAAAGUCAUUUUCCCGUUCAUGCAUGCAAACUUGUUCUUAGUAGCUAAGAUUAACUUUUGCAAAGUCAUUUACUUUGCUGUUAAAUAGGAGAACACUUAGAAUGUAAAAGAAUAGAAGACAUUCCAUCAACCUUGCCUGAAAAGAUAUAUAAAACUUCAAAAGGAGAAAGCUUUGAACUUUGGAAAUUUUGUUAAGUUAGCCCAAGUGGGCAAAUCCCUCUUGUAUGUUUGGCCAUAAUGCUAAGAUGUGAUUUUUGUUGAAUGAAA